GACAAAUAUUAGGGGUCACUUCUUGGCGCGAUCUACAGUAAUCUUACGAACGAACGUUUUAGCUGACAACAUUGACUGGAUGCGAGUCGGGCAGGCGACCUUGCUGAAAUCCACGCCACGAAUGAUAUUCAAAUGGGACACUCCGUCUGUCUGAAAGGCGUGAAUUACUUUCAGCCCCAAGUCUUCUCCAAGGCCGCGGAUCUUCGUGAACUUGUACUUGGCCAGAACCGACCGUCCACCAAGAGUCCACAUCUCCCCGGGCUGCCAGCAUUCCCGAGGCCGGACCCGCCGUGUAAUGUUUCGACCGAAACACAGACUUUACAGGCUUUACGCGGUGAUGGAUUCCGUGGACUACGGUCAGAAUGAAGUCCGCCAAGAGAGCCCCGCAGAUCCAUGGGGUAACCGAUGGAUUCCCGCCACCUUUGCUGAAGCGGCAACGAACAACUAGUCAGUUCGAUUUUUGUGAAACCAGAAUAAUGAGCGGCCGAGACGGGCGGAAGCGAGGACGCGCAUCGCAGUAUGCUUGUGUACCAUGUCACCAACGGAAAGUCAAAUGUGACUGGUCGACGGGCAAGAAUAAAUGUCUCGCAUGCGAGAUGCGAAAGAACGAGUGCUUACUACGCGAAAGGCCCAUGGGGGAAAGCGUUGACGGUGCUGACGACCCGGGAAGCAGUAGUGUAUUCCUGUCCACAGCUAAUAGCGAGGAGCUCUCGCCGUACGCACUUCCAUGUUUCCAGAUCUGGAACUAUUUGACAGAUAAUCCUCACGCUGGUACGAAGAGGUCCUUAUCUCUUCUCAGCCCAGAAGGCAAACAAUGGCUCCAUGAUCGCGCCGGAAUUUACCCUAGUGGAUCUCUCUCAUCUAGCUCUGCAGCCAUGAAUCGGUGUACCACAUUCCCAAAUCGCGGGUUUCUGCCAUUUCCCCCAAAGAAUGUUACUGUCGAACUCCUGCAGCUAUACUUUGCGAAAAUGCACUCCAUUUGUCCCGUGUUCGACGAAGAUGUUGUAACUGCAGACGUGCAGCAAUUAUUCGAUCCAACAGAUCCGGAUCUCCCUGGUGAAAUCUGGACAAGCAUGCAUGCUAUCCUUGCGUUAGCUUGUACCCUCAAGCCAAUUAUGCAACAUGCUGCGGGACUGCAUUUCAAAAGUGCCUUGUCAUCACUCAGCUCUAUAAUCAUCUUACCACCUUCCUUCCGUUCUGUUCAGGCAUUGCUAGCCAUGGCGUUGUUUCUUAUGGGUACGCUGAUGCCCCAUCCGGCAAGCAAUUUGCUAUCCCUAUCUAUUCGGCUUUUGCAUAACCUGGGUCCCAACGGAGAGUCUUCAUCAUGCGAAUUAUAUAAUCGAUUAAUUGCUAUCAGUCACGGCCUUGACAUUGACAUCGCACUUCGUUUCGGUAUCCCUCCUAAUUACUGUGUCUACGGGUGGGACAUACCACUACCUAUGGACGAUAUUGACUGCGCCUCCAUCCGAAGAGACAUCGACAAGGAAGGAAGAAUAAAAUAUAAAAUAUUCAGGUCCAUCCGUGAGCUCACAAUGAUUAAACGUUUGAUAUACGCUAAACUAUACUCUACUACUGCUAAAGACCUGAAUGAGACAGCGGUGAUGAAAAUCGUCAGUGAUCUAGGUCAAAUGCUCCAGCAAUGGCUGGCACGCCUUCCAUACGAAUAUAGGCCACAAAGCUCGGGGACGUAUACAGCAUUAAAGAAACGUACUGGCUUCUACCUAAUGUAUCUUCACUUUGUUUACUACCACUCUCUUUUGGUUCUUCAUCGACAAACGGUUGGUCGAGCCCCAUGGAUAAAACGUGACUCGGAGAACCAUAUUCCCAGGGCAAGGCUGGACAUUUCCGCACCUGAUCCGAGAGUUGUUGCGCCGACAAAUAUAUGUGAACAGGCUGCGCGAGCGUCAAUACGGCUGGUUCAGCAUCUACCAGUAGAUAAUAUCAUAUGUUCCAAUAUGUUCAUCUAUUUCCCGGUAUUUGCCUUGAUAAUUUUGUCGUCAAUUAUUGUAAAGGAGCCGCGUAGAGCAACAGCAGCGUCAGAUCUUGAACUGCUGGGUAGUAUUGAGAGACAUCUCCGUACGCGGACUCCAGCUCAGGCCGAUCAUAGUGUACAAGGUCUCAUAGACUAUUGCUCUACGUUUCGAACGGCUGCAGAUAAGGCUGUUGCUAACGCAUUUGAGCAAUGUGCUACGGCUGCGAGCUGAAAUUGGUAUAGUUCCUGAUAGUGUGGUCUCCUUCCGCUAUGAAUUUAUGGUUCAAUACUCGAGCACGAUUGACGUGGAGAGAAAUACUCAUCCCUGCCUAGCCUCUAAUUUUUUUGAAUACCAUUUCCCCCCAUGGUAGUGCGAUUGUGGUGACACUGAAGAGGUCUUUU